CAGAACAUAGCCUUUCACCCGGAAAAGGCGGGACGAAGGGAACGACGGUCGAGUGAUUGUUGUGUUCUCUCCAUUGUAGUAUUUUCUUUUUGCGUUGUAAACUAAAUUUUUCGUGAGAUAUAAAGCAGAUUUGAUUGAAUUACAUCUACGGGGAGGCUUAACCUAACUGUGCGCACAUAAGCGAUGUCUGUUGUGCCUCCCAGUCGCUCGAACUCAGGUUGGCCGCGCGGUGGAAGCGCUCCGUUUGGAAGCAAAUACAUGCCUGCCCCGGCGAAGCCUCUCACCCUGGAGAGAACUAUCAACCUAUACCCUCUCACUAACUACACGUUUGGGACCAAGGAGCCCCUGUACGAGAAGGACAACUCUGUAGCGGCCAGGUUCCAACGGAUGCGUGAUGAGUUUGAGAAGAUAGGGAUGAGGAGGACAGUUGAGGGUGUCCUCAUUGUCCAUGAACACAGGCUCCCACAUGUUUUACUUCUUCAGCUGGGCACCACUUUCUUCAAGCUGCCUGGUGGUGAGUUGAGUGCUGGAGAAGAUGAGGUGGUGGGUUUGAAACGCCUGAUGACCGAGAUUCUUGGACGGCAAGAUGGAGUGAAACAGGAGUGGGCAAUUGACGACAGCAUUGGCAACUGGUGGCGCCCUAACUUUGAGCCUCCACAGUAUCCUUACAUUCCAGCUCACAUUACCAAACCUAAGGAGCAUAAAAAACUGUUCCUGGUUCAGCUGCAGGAAAAGGCACUAUUUGCUGUUCCAAAAAAUUACAAACUGGUGGCAGCGCCAUUGUUUGAGCUAUAUGACAACGCCCCUGGAUACGGACCCAUCAUUUCCAGUCUACCGCAGCUACUUAGCCGGUUCAACUUCAUUUACAACUAAUUGAAGUUCAUCUGGCUGUCUCUGUGAGUGCAGCUCAGUCAAAGUAAAAUUUGAUGAGAAGAUGAGCGAGAAAUACACUUCUUAUCUUGGGCUCUACUUUUACAUCAGAGAAAUGUGUCCUGUACUGAAUAUUCUGACAGUCCACAGGGAUGGUUAGCGGAAAAACAAUGUUUUUUUUAUCUUGAUAAACUGCUAGUUUUUGUUGUAGACACAUUUCUUUUGCAUUAUGUUCACUUCUGAUUUUAAGCCUUCUCAAAAAAGGUUUGAUUAACACCAACCAUAACAUUGUGUUUGCUGUUAUUUUAAACUGUAUUGUUUUUUUUUCUUUUAAUAAAAAAAUUGAAUAUG